AUGCCUAAAGUCAAGUACAUCCUCCUCGACUGUGACAACACUCUUGUCCUGUCUGAGCGUUUGGCUUUCGAAGCAUGUGCGGAUCUCACCAACGAGAUCCUUGAAAAGAAGGGUCUCUCCGAUCGCUACACUGUUGACAGUCUGCUUGAGGACUUUGUUGGUCAGAACUUCCGUGGCAUGCUUGUUGGUCUACAAAAGAAGCACAACUUCCAAUUGAGCCCUGAAGAGUUGGAGGACUAUGUUGCUCAAGAGUUGGGCCGUGUCACCCAGAAGCUCAGCGAGAAAGCUGUUCCUUGCCCUGGCGUCCCAGAGGUCCUCAAGAAUCUCAAGGAGCAAGGCUAUCCUAUGUCUGUUGUCUCCACCUCCGCAAAGCCUCGUGUCGUCGCGUCCCUCAUCAAGGCCGACAUCCACGGUUACUUCCCAGACGAGCAUGUCUACAGCGCUGCCACCUCGCUCAACCCACCUUCCUCAAAGCCCGACCCCAAGAUCUACCUCUACGCUUGUGAGCAACUCGGUGUCAAGCCUUCAGAAGCUGUCACUGUCGAAGACAGCAAGAGUGGUGCCACUGCCGCCAUGCGUGCCAAGAUUCCCUUCAUUGGGUACGUCGGUGUCUAUGGUAUCGAAGAAGGCAAGGAGAAGAUGGAACAAAUGGCAAAGGUCCUCCGUGAGCAAUGCAAUGCUGAUGAGAUCAUGUACGACUGGAAGGAGUUCCCCGAACUCUUGAAGAAGAUCGAGGCUCGCAACUAG